CAAUAUCGAAUGAAGUGCACGGCUGACUCAACGUACCACUUGGCUGCUGCAAUAAGUAGGCUGCAUUACUGAGACCGGCACAGUGCUCACUGAAACGCCAACAUGUACAAACUAUUGUUGCUGAGCUGUCUGCUAGCCAGCUGUCUUGCUGGACCCCACGAUGUCCCAUCUUGGAUACGCGACGCGUCUCGGCCGCCGUGGCGUGGAGGGCGCGGCUGCGCAGAUCGGCGCGCGGGUUGGGAGGCGUGCGCACACGUUAACAGCACGGUGUCGCUGGCGCCGCACCCCCGCGACUGUCGCCUCUUCUUCUACUGCAGCAGCAUCGGCAUCGGCAUCCCCCUGGUGUGCCGCCGCUGUCCUGCCGGCCUGCACUUCAACCCGGAACUACUAGUCUGCGACUGGCCAAACAACGUCAACUGCACGGCCGGUCCUCCUCCUCGCCCGCGGCCCACACUACAUCCCACUGACAGCACAGCACUACCUACUGAUACCACUGUCAUAUAUUCUGAAACUCCUACUCCAGUCGCUGAAAGUACUGUUGCUGAAACUUCCGACCAGCCCACGUCAAUGUCGACGCCGCCGCAGUAUUAAAUAUUUUUUGUUCAUUCCUAAUAAUACCUAACUAUUGAAACACGACGUAACUAAAACAAAAUGAUUUUUAAUCAAUUUGUGUAACGUCUUGGCUUGCAUUGUCUCAUUCACAUCAUUUUUUGUAUAAUUGUUUUAAAAUGUCUAUCUAUUAUCAAAUUAAACUACAAUUAUUUUGACCUUAACUUCAUUGCAUUGUUAUAAACAUAUUGUUGAAUAAAAGUCAGUUUCUUUAAA